GCCACACUUGUUCGCGAGCUGUCAAAUCGAGUCGACAAAUUGGUGAUCGAACAGCUCCGACGGUUCCGAUUAAAACGCGACUUUGCACCUUACGGCCUCGGAUUCUAAAGCUAAAUUUCGCAUUUUCUGCUACGAGCGAUGGCUGCCGCAAGUACAAGGCUUUUCUCGCGGGUUAAAGAUGGCUUCACCACCAGCGUCCGCUUCGCGAGCUACGAAGCCACCCGGAAGAAUCUGAAGCUCAACUCGAACUCGAAAGUGAUCUGUCAGGGAUUCACCGGUAAACAGGGCACCUUCCACUCGCAGCAGGCCAUCGAGUAUGGUACGAAGCUGGUCGGCGGAGUGUCCCCCGGUAAGGGUGGCCGCACUCAUCUGGACCGGCCAGUGUUUAACACAGUGGCCGAAGCGAAGAAAGCCACCGGUGCGGAAGCGACCGUCAUUUACGUGCCUCCGCCCGGUGCAGCAAAGGCCAUCAUGGAGGCGAUCGAAGCGGAAAUGCCGCUGAUCGUGUGCAUCACCGAGGGUGUGCCGCAGCACGACAUGGUGAAGGUGAAGCAUGCGCUGCUGGCACAGGACAAGUCGCGGCUUGUCGGCCCCAACUGCCCCGGAAUCAUUGCACCCGAGCAAUGCAAAAUCGGUAUUAUGCCGGGACAUAUCCACAAGCGCGGCAAGAUCGGCGUUGUGUCCCGCUCCGGAACGCUGACGUACGAAGCCGUCCAUCAAACGACGGAGGUCGGUCUGGGUCAGACGCUGUGCGUCGGCAUUGGUGGUGAUCCGUUCAACGGAACCGACUUCAUCGACUGUCUGGAGGUGUUCCUGAAGGAUCCCGACACCAAGGGCAUCAUUCUGAUCGGCGAGAUUGGUGGUGUGGCUGAGGAGAAGGCUGCCGAUUACCUUAUGCAGUACAACCAGGGCAUCAAAGCGAAACCGGUGGUGUCGUUCAUUGCUGGCCUGUCGGCCCCGCCCGGCCGUCGCAUGGGUCACGCUGGUGCCAUUAUUUCCGGUGGAAAGGGAGGUGCUCAGGAUAAGAUCAACGCACUGGAGAAGGCCGGUGUGAUCGUCACGAGAAGCCCGGCUCAGAUGGGCAAGGAACUUAUCAAAGAGAUGAAGAGAUUGGAGUUGGUCUAGACGACACACCUCCCCACACACCACCACACACAAACACAUACACGCAUAUGUCAUCAACUCCUCUCCAAGAGGCGCACGGUUAAGCAAAGCAUAACUCAUAACCAAUAAUAACACUAAAGUACUGCGCGAAAUUGCAGGCUCGAGCGCGAAGCAUAAAUAGAUAGUUAUUUAACGAAGCCAACCUUUUCGAUGCUACAGUUGUUUUUCCAUCUCGAAACCACCAAUCCAACUUCCAAGAGAGAUUAUAUACGCCAACAACUAUUCCGUGGAGUCGUCUUGCUCUCCGGUACUUCCAAAAGUUACCAACACCGAAGAGAAAGAGAGCGAGGAAAAAACAGAAGAUCUUUUUAAUUUAUUUAAAUUCAAACUAUAAAUGGCGCGCUUCUGUUUGUUCGGCUGUUUGGCAAUUGUUUUCUGUUCUUUUCUGCCCCCGUAUCAAUCAAUCAAGAUCGCUCAAGAGUUUCUCCACUUUCAGCGACCGCGCGAAGAAGAACGCUAGAUGUAUUAUAGUGUCACCGAACGUUAAAUGAAACACUCAAAUACACCUAUGUACUUUAUCUGCACGCAACUGCACCACUAAUUGUCCCGCCCACUUGCACCUUCGCGGUUCGCGAUCAACGAUGAUGAUAUUAUGAAUGUUAGCGGCUUUCGUGUUGUGAUCCACACCAAACUGUACCGAACAAACUACGGCAAACAUGCACACUAAACUCGAUGUAAUAUGGAACUAAUUCGGCGUGUCCAAAAAAGUAUGCGAACAUAAUAACCAGAUAAACCCAGAUACAGGAAUGGAGCAAAUAAUGCGCGAUCAAGUUGUUACGGUGCAAUCGAUACGUGAAAUAAACGUUAAAAUACGAUGAUACGUAUGUUAUUGAUAA